CUCAGCUUCCGUCCUCUCAGCUUCCUUGCAGCACCCCCACCUGCCAGAGCUGAGCCUCCCUAGGCUCUGCCUAGCCUCGAGUCGGCCCCCAAUCCCUCUGGCUUGCAGAAGUUUCUUUACCUCCAAUGAGAGGAGGGGCGGAUCCAGGUCUCUUGAGAACUGAGGGUUGAGGGCGUUGAACUAACGCAUAGACCCGUCAUCUCUGCCCUUGAAGACACUUGUACCCUCCAUGCGGAGCCAAGAUGGGGAACGGAAACGAGGAAGAUUAUAACUUUGUCUUCAAGGUGGUGCUGAUCGGCGAGUCAGGAGUGGGGAAGACCAAUCUGCUAUCCCGAUUCACGCGCAAUGAGUUCAGCCACGACAGCCGCACCACCAUCGGGGUUGAGUUCUCCACCCGCACUGUCAUGCUGGGCACCGCCGCUGUCAAGGCUCAGAUCUGGGACACGGCUGGCCUGGAGCGAUAUCGAGCCAUCACCUCGGCGUACUAUCGUGGUGCGGUGGGGGCCCUACUGGUGUUUGACCUAACCAAGCACCAGACCUAUGCCGUGGUGGAGCGCUGGCUAAAGGAGCUCUACGACCAUGCUGAGGCCACUAUCGUCGUCAUGCUGGUGGGUAACAAGAGUGACCUCAGCCAGGCCCGGGAGGUGCCCACUGAAGAGGCCCGCAUGUUUGCCGAAAACAAUGGGCUGCUAUUCCUGGAGACCUCAGCCCUGGACUCCACCAAUGUUGAGCUGGCCUUUGAGACUGUCCUCAAAGAGAUCUUUGCAAAGGUGUCCAAGCAGAGGCAGAACAGCACCCGGACCAAUGCCAUCACGCUGGGCAGUGCCCAGGCUGGGCAGGAGCCAGGCCCCAGUGAGAAGAGGGCCUGUUGCAUCAGCCUCUAACCUUGUCUAGCACCAACCCUGCCCACUGGCUUUCUGGUGCCCCCAACCCCACGCCAGCACCAGGACCUUUCCCUGCCCUGUGGUUCCAGAUGUCAGAGUGGCCAGUUCCCUGUUCACAGCUCCGCAGAGCUCUAACGUCUUCAUGCCUCACCCACCCCCUAUACCUCUAUUAUCUGUCCACCCCCUUAGAGACUAAGGCCCUCAAAUAAAGCUGUGUUUUGUAUCAA